GAAAUGUCAAUUUAUUGUCGUUAUUGUCAUUGUUGAAUUCACGGGAAAAAAAAAAUAAUAAAGGCGAAGUGCGAGGAAUUUAGUUAAAAUAACAGGAAAAAGUGAGUUUCAGAAGGAAAGUAGAAGAAAAAUCGAGCGAGAGAUAAGUUAGAAUGGAUGGAAGAGAAAUCGAUUUGGAGGAAGGAGAGCUCCGGGAGUACGAUGAAGAAGCAAUGGGAGGAGAUGAACAGGGAGAAGUGAUUAAACACUACAGGCAAAAGAUCCGUGAAUUGGAAAAGGAUAAUGAAGCGCUCAAACGGGGCACAUCUUCAUCAAGUUCAAGGGAAGUGGGAACAUUCCGGCUGGCUGGUGGGGAAAUUAAAGAUUUGAUCCCGGCGUUCCGACCUGGGGAAGAUGAGACAACCACAGAAGAGUGGAUUGAGAAUCUAGAAUCCAUGCGGGAGAUCUACGAAUGGACCGAUCAACAAGUUCUGCUGUAUGCGUCAAUUCGGCUCAAAGGAGCCGCAAAGAAGUGGCAUUCAACCACAAAGACGAAGACGUGGGAUGAAUUUAAGUGGGAACUGAUGAAAGCUUUUCCGGAGAAGAUUAAUGUAGGAAGGAUAAUUGAAGAAAUUCAAGGGAGAAAGAGGAAGCGAGAUGAAACUGUAACCGAGUACUUCUUUGAAAUGAGACAGAAAGGGAAAAAGAUAAAGUUGGAUGAUGCGACGAUCGCAAAGUACAUUAUAGCAGGACUGGGAGAUGAGAAAUUGAUCGGUAUGGUGGCCGGAGCUAACUACGACUCCCCACAGGAAUUGCUCCAGAAAAUCAAAGAUGCUGAGGAUAUUCGUAGAGCCAUGAGAAAACACGAAAUUGGCGAAUCAGGGGGGAAAGAAAAGGGAGGAAAGAACGAUGCACGGCCUGAACAAGAGAGCCAGGAUGGGAAUCAGGUGCAGAAAGUAUCUUGCUACAAUUGCGGGAAAAUUGGUCAGACAGCCAGAGAAUGCCAUGAAAGAGAAAACAACCAACAAGACAUGAAGGCAGAAAUCACGUGCUUCAAAUGCAACGAGAAAGGUCACAUAGCAAGAUUUUGUGGCAAAAAGGAGAGAGACUCAAAGAUGAUCCAUAUGGGCAACAUGAGAAUAAUUGAAGUUGAGAAAAAGGAAAAUCCGAACUACAAGGAGGUGAAAGUUAACGAGAAAAAGCUCUGGGCUUACAUUGAUCAAGGGAGUGAUUGCACCACAAUCAGAAAAUCCAAUGUAGAAGCUCUGGCGGUAGAGAUUAAACCGAGAACGACAACGCUGAGAGGAUUCGCAGGACAAUGCCAGACCGUGGGGCAAACGGAAGUAUGGGUUACGAUUGACGAGGUGCGAAGGCAAACAACCGUCCAUGUCGUACCAGAUGAAGUUCAAGACAUUCCAGUGAUUGUCGGCCUUGAUAUUCUGGGAAAGGAAGACAUACGAGUCGUCAGACAAGGCAAAACGAUGCAGAUAGAGGAUGUCCGGAAGGAUGCAAACAAGAAAACUACUGGAGAGAAAUAGUUACGCCUUUAAAUUGUCAUAAAAAUAAAUUAAACAAUGCUCAAAUAAAUUGGGGGUGGCAAUGACAA